AGUACCGCUGAAUGCUUUUUGGUAUCUCUUCCACAACAGAGGAGGAUUUUGUCAAAGUAGAAUGCUGAUCGUAUUGUCUUUAGUUGAAGGAACUAUGUGACGUUUCUUUCAUGUUUUUAGUUAAACCAUCAUUGAAAACUUUUGAAUUAAUUGUUUGGAUCAGUGAUUACUUGUCAUCACUUGUUUUGUUAGGUAAAACUUCACUUCAUUAUUAUGAAGCGUUUUUUCUCCUUUUUCUCUCUCUUCCCUCUCGCAGGUUGCCAAACAUAAAUUUGUUUGCUGCGGAUGGAUUUACAUGAUCUUAAUUAUGGUAAUGGGAAUGAGAUAUCACAUAAAGGAAAUUGCUUUCCUGUAAUUUUGGGAGCUUCCCCAAACUUUGUUUAUACAAACUUAGAGGCUUAAUUUGGGACCUAGAGGAGUGUGAAGAUUGGUACACGAGUGUGAAACUAUUUCCUUAAGAGGAGGAUGUUGGGUUAAAUUUUCAAAUGUUUAUUUGAGUUGGAUUUGUGUUUUUGAGUUAUUUUAUUGUCCUUUUUGAACAGCCAAACAUGGCAUUAGUCUAUAUUUAUGAACCUUUGAUCCAAACAUGACGGUUUAGAAAUAUAUGUGAUAUAAAUCAAUGAAUUUUUACGUUGGGCAAGUUGUAUAAAGCCUCUACUUAUGCCCACUAAAUUUACAGGAACAGGGUAAUUCAUAGGGGAGGCUGGUUAAUUGGAUUAUUUAGGAUUCCAAUUGCCUAGAUGAAAUGCUCUAUUCAUGAGUGACAACUUUGUUUCUACCGGGAGGGCAAUUAUGGUAAAUGUUACAAAUAGGGCAAGAAGCAAGGCGACGAAAAUUUGAUUGAACUUGCUGGCAAAAUGGAGCAGCAAGCUUCCAGUGCCAUGUGACAAUGACCAAUUGUUUUCACCUUGUGGGUUGCAGCCGUAUUAAAAAUUUGAAUCUAUAUUUUCAUCUUUCAGGAGAUACAUACACUAGACGUAUUUUCAUUCGCUGUGUAACAAUGGAAGUUAUGCUUUUACAUCCGGUUCUUCCUUGUGUAUGUGUCCCCAUCGUUUGCCAUAUAUAUUGAACUCCCCUUCAGCAAUGAAUGAAGUUGGUGUUUUUAUGUUAACCUUCUCAGUGGAAAAAUUGCAGAUGCCCAAAUCAAUGACAUCAUGACAAAACAAUCUGACCCAACAUUUGUUUCAGAGAAGUUGAAUUCUACAAGUUGGGGUAAAUCCCUGGAAGAUAGGGCUUUUAUAACUAAUACAGAACAUUUGGACUUUGCCCAUGAUUGACAUACUGUUUAUAGGGAUGUAGUGCCUCAGAUCUUGGCUGGUAGCACCAGUUUAAGAGUAGAGGAUAAAAGUAUUUUGCUUGAGAUGGGAGCCCAAUUGAUAUCCACUUUAUCUAUCUGCAGAGCUUUCAGAGGGGGCUCUCUUUCCACAACACCCAGCAUUCAAUUCCAUUCACACCCAACUCUAGUUAUGGUUAACAUGAGUCAUGACACAAUAAAUGUUCUUUUCCUGCCUUCUUAAUGAGGGGGAGACAAGAGAGAGAGAUUGAGAGUGUCCUUAUUAACUGGACAUUUCUUCAUAGAUUAGGUUGCUUGGAAGAGGGUUUUAGAGAGAGCCACAUUUCACAAACAGGGUUUACCACCUCUACCCUAUAGAUUUUUCAACUUAGGACAUCUGGGCUCUGGUGAAAAAGUGAGUUUUUGGGAUAUUGAGUGCUGUGAGAGAUGAAGAUGAAGGUACUACUAGGGUUUUACUUGUGGGUUAUGCUGGUGGUGGUGGUGACUGGGACAGCCUUUAUGUUGCCUGCCUUCUCCACCAUUAGUACUUCUUCCUCUACGCCUGAUAUGAAUUACCCCAUGAUGGGAAGUAGGAUGAAAGGUGCACAAUCUAUCAGGAAACUGGAGCUGGGAAGCUAUAAGGCAAGCACUGAGCAGAGGAAGAGUAAUCCAGGCAAUCUGAAUUUGGAAGACUACCACCCAAUUGAUCCAUCUCCAAGUUCAAGGGCAGCAAUAACGUCUGGACCCAUCGAGCACGGCACUCCCAUUAUCCCCUACAUUCCAAACGUGCCACCUCCAUGUCCUCCUAAGCAGGAUGGUGGAUCUUCUCCUCCUGUUUAAGCUACUGAAAGAUCAGUAAAAAAAUGGGAACUAUCUGUUGUAAUAUAUUUGAAGAUUGUCUACUAGAGUGCCUGGAAACAAUGAUCAGGCCCUGUCUGUUUUAAGAAGACCUGAGUGUAACCUGCUGCCCCCUUGUGGGGCAGUGUAGGUUUAAGAAUUUCCAGAAACCAUGAACAUCCUCUUGACCAUAUCUCCUCUAAGGUCUUGGAGUUUUCUUCCUUUGUUUUCUUGUAUCAUUUUCACUCUACUAAUUACCAUUAACACUGCAUUAUUGUGCUUUGUCAUUCAUGGCAUUUGUAUCAGUCUAUCUUCUAGUACUGAUAAGAUUGCGACU